AUGGGUCAUCCAAUUUCUCAUGGCUUCCUUCUCAUCCUCUUAUUUUCUUCCAUUAUAUUUACAAAGCAUGCAUGCGAUCUAGCCGAACGUAACGCUCUCUCUUCCUUGUUAAUCACUCAGUCUUCCCCUCCAUUAAACUGGACUGCUUCAGUUGAUUGUUGCCAAUGGGAAGGCAUCACUUGUGAUCAGGGAGGUCGGAUCAUCCGAUUGCAGUUGCCAUCCAAAGGCCUCAAAGGAGGUAUGUUUCUCUCAUCGCUAAAAAACCUGACGCAUCUUUCGCACCUCAACCUCUCCCACAAUCUGCUUUCCGGUCCUGUGGAUGCUGGGCUCUUUUUGGCCUUGAUUCAUCUUGAGAUCCUUGAUUUGAGUUUUAACCUUCUCUCAGGCCAAAUAUCUUCCUCAAUCUGUUUUAAUUCUUCUUUGGUUCGAGUCUUGGAUUUCUCCGACAAUGAUUUCAAGGGUUCGAUUCCUCUCGGACUAGGAAAUUGUUCCAAAUUGGAAGUCUUUCGUGCAGGCUUUAAUACUCUCUCCGGGUUCCUUCCUAGUGAUAUCUACAAUGCUCAAACACUUCAAGAAAUUUCAUUACCUUACAAUAAGAUUUCCGGCCCCAUUGGUGAAAACAUUCUAAACCUUACCAAUCUCAGAAUCAUGGACCUCUCCUUUAAUCAGGUGAGGGGCAUACUUCCCCUCCAUAUUGGGAAGCUCUCCAAAUUAGAGCUCAUGCUGCUUCACUACAACAAUCUAGAAGGUCCGCUGCCCCUAUCAUUGUUGAAUUGCACAAACCUUAUUGAACUAAAUCUGGGCUUCAACCGUUUUAGUGGGAAUAUCUCUGCACUUGAUUUCUCGAAACUUACUGAACUUAGUAAACUCGAUUUUGUAUAUAAUACGUUCACUGGUAUCUUUCCGAUAAGCCUUUACUCAUGCAAAUCCCUCAAAGCACUUCGACUGGCUACAAAUGAUCUUGAAGGGCAAAUACAACCUGAGAUUCUUUCAUUGAAAUCCUUGUCCUUCCUCUCGCUUUCUGAAAACAGAUUCACCAACGUUAAGGGGGCAAUGAAAAUACUGAAGCAUUUCAAAGGUCUAAGGGUACUCCUCCUUUCUAAAACUUUUCAAGGUGAAGAAAUGCCGGACGGGAAUAUCAUUCUCAAGAAACUGGAAGUCCUGGAUUUGUCUUUUAACAGACUCACUGGUUCAAUACCUGGUUGGUUGGGGAAUCUUCCAAGUCUUUUCUUUGUAUGGUUGAAUAAUAACUUGAUUUCAGGUGAAUUUCCGAAGGAGCUUUGCAGACUACAAGCAUUGGUAUCGCAAUAUGCUCCAAAUCAAACAGCCCAGGGUUAUCAUUUUGAGUUUCCCAUCUACUUCCUACGCGAUGAUAAUUCAUCUUUACAUUCUUCACAGUACAAGUAUCCAUCCAGCAUGCCAAGAGCAAUCUCCCUCAAGAACAACAGUCUAAGUGGCAAUAUACCCUUUGAGAUUGGCCAAUUGCAAUAUCUUCAAAAAUUGGAUCUUAGCGUCAACAACUUCUCCGGCAAUAUUCCAAACCAAAUAUCAAACCUCAAAAACUUGGAGACAUUAGACCUCUCAAGAAAUCAUCUAUCUGGCGGAAUCCCAGCAUCACUGUCAAGUCUUAAUUUCUUGGCUUCAUUUAGUGUUGCGUACAAUAAUCUAGAAGGAUCGAUACCAACCGGCACGCAGCUCCAAGGCUUCGGUGCCACCGCCUUUGAGAGUAACCCUGGACUUUGUGGCUCCCCGCUUCCAAACGAGUGCGGACAGAUGAAUACAAGUAAUAAUACAACUGAGAACAUGGAAGAUGUAAAAGGAAAUGGGAAUGAAAUUCCAUGGUUUCGUAUUUCUGUGGCUCUUGGUUUCAUUGUAGGAUUUUUAGGAGUUUGUGGCCCUUUAGCUUUGAGCCGGUCAUGGCGAUAUGCAUAUUUUCAGUUUCUCUCCAAUGUUAAAGAUCACUUUGUGUGCUAA